UUAUUAUUAACGUUAUAUAUUACCACUGGUAGGAAGGAGUAUUUCCUUCGUUCCCGCCGAAAGACGAAUCCGCAAAGCUUCACAGACUUCCAAUGGAGGUGAGAAAUUGGAUAUCUACCGACGAAACAGCGAAAACUUUCCUAUCUAGGGUUUCUAGUUCGCGUCCUCCUCUUCUUCUUCCGCCUCUUCAUCGCCUUCCUCUUCGCCCUGGCAAUGUCGUUGAAAUCGUUGGUCCUUCUCCUUCCGCCAAAACUCACAUCCUUCUUCAGGUUGCGAUUGAUUGUAUUUUACCCAAAGUGUGGAAAGGUGUAAGUUAUGGAGGACUUGAGCAAUCGGUGAUGUAUAUUGACUUGGAUUGUCGGUUUGAUGUUUUACGCCUUCUGCAACUUCUUAAGCUUCGCAUUUUUACUGUUCUUCAAUCAAAUUUAGAAGUGAAGGACGAGCUACACAAUGUUAGAGAUUGGACCUGUGAUGAGGAACUAAUCAACAUAUGCUUGGAACGCUUCCUAUAUGUUCGCUGUUAUGAUAGUUUAGAAUUUCUUGCUACAUUGAAGAAUCUAAGCUACCGAUUUAAUGCAAGAAGGCAAGAGCUUGCUUCAAAAGUUUGUUUCAUGAUGAUUGACAGUAUAGGAGCUUAUUAUUGGGUUGACCGUGCUUCAACUUCCUUUCCUUCGAGGUCUAGCAACAGGAAAAUAUUCUCACUUCAAAGUGUGAUGGAAGCUGUAGUCCAUGAGAUUCAAAAUUUUCUGCAAGUGCAACCAAUGCUUGUUUUGGCUACAAAAUCUACAAUAUUUGGUGAUAAGCCUGCACAAAAUGACAUCAAAAGGUCAAGCAGAAAGUGGUCUGCACAAGAUGCAUCUGGUCAACACACUAUUUUAAGCAGCCCUGAGAGUAUGCUGCCCCAUGAAUAUAUGCCUUCUGCCUGGCAGUCCUUUGUUACGCAUAGGAUAUCUAUUCGACCAUCAAAUCCAGACUGCUAUGCCAGAAAUUACAAUACAACUGCUGAGCAAGUUUACACAGUGCAAUGGUUACUGCCUUCACUAGGGUUCAAAGACAAAUUUGUGAUCAAUGAUGCUGGCAUAUCGACUCUCCCUUGAUAUGGAUAUACAAAAGUCAACGACAUGGAAGUUUUUGAAGGAUCUAAUGAUUAUGGCAAAUAAGUUGCACUUUCCGAUGUGAUUUUGGACGCUGGUAAUCUAGAAGAAAAAACUAGCAACUGGGUUGAAUGUUCAUUCCUAACAUUUGUUUGCUUGAGCGUGUCAAUCGAAACAAUAAGCACGUCAAGCAAAAGCAGGGUUGUAAUUUCUUAAGACUCCUCCUGGAAAAGAUGCAAAAAGUUUAGUAUAUGAAUUGUAAAGUUACGUAUCAGAUGAUCUGCUACCCAUCUAAGUUAUUUUGUGUAAAAAAUUAGACAAUUUGAUUUACAUAAUAUUAUUUUUAUUCGGUGAUGUGUUACACAAGGAACUGAGAGUUUCCAGAAUGGUUAUUCAAUUGUUUUUUCUGGGGAUUAAAAGCAAAACGACUCAUAAGAUCCGCUGUAGCAUAUCAACUUUGUCCGAAAUGAAGGUUGAAGAAAGAACUUAUCAUUUGGGGCAAGUAAAAGGAGCAACUUCCUUUGAUUAAUGUGCCUUGUCUACCAAGAAUAGAAUAAUACUAUACAGUACCCGUGCGAUGCACGACUUUUUAAAAUUGUUUGACAUAUUUGUAUAAAUUAAAAAAAUUAAAGUUUAAAGAAAUAAAUUUUACAUUAUAAUUAUAUUCCUUUUUAAUGUAUGAUAUUUUGCAUUAUGUGUGCAGGUAAUUGUGAAAAUUUAGUUCAUGACAAAUAAAAUAAAAGACAAAAAUUUUUAUGUUUUAAUUAUGUCAAAAUAUCAAAUAAUAUAUACAUUGUCACCACCGUUUUGUUUUAGUAAUAAUUAUAGAUUAUAGAUUGUCAAGCAUUAAAGUUUGUUAACGUGUAUUGUAGUACUUCUCCCAGAAGAAGUUGGCUAAGUGAAGCAACUUCCUUGUUUUAAAAUGUAUUUUUCUGUCUUUGCUUCAGGUGUUUUGCUGAUCGAUCGAUAUUAUUAAAUCUCUGUUGAAAUCUAAAGCUGCAGAUAGUUGAUAUUGUAAUACACGGAGGGAAGAGAUUUUCGAUCAAAAUGG